CGCCCGCCAGCGCGGUGCACUUGCCCCGGAGGGCGCCGCCUCGGGCUCGGCUGUCGGUGUCCUGCGCGCGGCCGGCGGACCCGCUGCGCACCCGGCCGCCUGGACGCGCCAGACCCGAAAGUUUUCUCGGGAAGUUGGAGCUCCCGCAGUGGAAACUCGAAGCCCAGCAUGAUUCUGCCCAACACCACGGCCACGACGCCCUUUCUGAACGCGCUGUGGCAGGGGACGGCUCUCCAGGGCGGCAACACGUCAGGCCUGGCCCGCAGGUCGCCUGGCGGUGACGACAGCCAGCUGGAGGCACUCUAUAUCCUCAUGGUGCUCGGCUUCUUCGGCUUCUUCACCCUGGGCAUCAUGCUGAGUUACAUCCGCUCCAAGAAGCUGGAGCACUCCCACGACCCGUUCAACGUGUACAUCGAGUCCGACACCUGGCAGGAGAAGGACAAGGCGUACCUCCAGGCCCGGGUUCUGGAGAGCUACAAGGCAUGUUACGUCAUUGAAAACCAGCUGGCCGUAGAGCGGCCCAAUGCACACCUUCCCGAGAUAAAACCUCUGUCAUGACCCCGCAGUUGGCUAAAACUGGACAGAUCCCAUUUGACAAUCUGAUCUUUCUAAUCAUGUACCUUUUGUAUUCUUUAUCGGACGGAUGUAAUUGGGUUUUUUUUUUUGUUUGUUUUUUGUUUUUUGCUGUUGUAAGGGGUGGAUUCGUAACACCAUUUCUCUAAAAUCACAUUCCUCCUGUAGGGGACCUCCAGCUAUUCCCCAGUGCCUGACCCUGCCUUGUUAGUUUUAGCAGAAUCCCUAAGAUCACGGCCUCUGAGAUACUUCCCAGACUCCCUUGCAGCGAGCAAGGUCACGGAAUGAAGUUCUGGCCAGUAGAAGUGGGAGCGGUUCUAGAAAAGGAAGGGGUGUGUCGUCCACUCCCCUCCCCCUCUUCCCAGUGGCUGGGACGUGGAAGAGGUAGUGAACCAGCUUUGACUCUGUCCAGAAGGACACCAUUGGGCGCCUGGGUGGCUCAGUCGGUUAAGCAUCCGGCUUCAGCUCAGGUCACGAUCUCACUGUUCUCUGGUUCAAGCCCCGCGUCGGGCUCUGUGCUGACAGUUCAGAGCCUUGAACCUGCUUCGGAUACUGUGUCUCCCUCCCUCUCUGCUCCUCCCCUGCUCACUCUGUCUGUCUCUCUCUCUCUAAAAUAAGCAUUAAAAAAAAAUUUUUUUUUAAAGAAAAGGACAGCAUCCUCGCAGGUGACAGAGCAGUAAGAGUCUGGGUCGCUGGGCAACGUCAUGGGGCAGUGUCUCUCUACCUUCCUGGUCACCCACCACCAGCUCAGUCAUUAUAGGAAAGACAAACUCUGGCCUUCCUUGGGCCACUGCUAUUUUGGUUCCUGUUAAAGUAACAGAGUCAAUAUCCUAACUAAUAUCCUAUUUUAUGGGGCUGAGACCAAAGGCGUAAUAUUCCCAUAUUUGUCACAAGCUGGCCACCUGCCCUUGUUAGGACAAAACCACUCUGCCCUUAUCACCUCUGCCUUCACCAGGGAGGCUCUGGCCUCCUCCUCCUUCCUCGUCCUGCACCUCCCUUACCCCCACCCUUCACACAUACCCCCCCCCCCCAACACACACACACACACACACACUCACACCCACGGAGGCACACACGUACACACAGAGAAGCUCUCCCCCUCCCCCAACGCGGACCCUUCCUACUCUCCUAUCCCCAUCUCAGAGGAGCUCACGUCCUCCAGGACUGAGAUGCCGGAGAAAAAAUUUCCACUUCCGAAUGUGUACCAAGGGGAAGGUGCUCAGUUAUCACGGCCGGAGGGAGGGACGCAUCCGCCAACCCCAGAACCCAGGAGAAGGCGUGGGCUUGGGCAAGUGGCAGUACCUGGGGUCAAGGCGGCGGGGCCUUUUGAGGUUGAACUCUGUCCCCCCCCUCAAAAGACGUGUUCAAAUCCUAACCCUGGUACCUGUGAAUGUGACCUGACUUGGAAAUAGGGUCUUUGCAGAUGCCACCAGGUUAAGAUGAGGUCCCUGGGGUGGGCCGACAUCCGAUAUGACUGAUGUUCUCAGAAGAUGUGGGCAAUUAGGUCACGGCCACAUGGGGAGAAGCCUUGUCAAGACAGGCAAAGACUGAGUGUCAGCGGGGAGCCAAAGAGCGCUGGGGAUUGAUGGCCAACACCAGACUGGGAGAGGCCAGGAGGGGCUCUCCCCUACUGGUUUCAUGGAAGCUUGGCCCCACAUGCACCAUGAUUUCAGACUUCUGGCCUCCAGACCUGUGGGACCAGGAGUUUGUUAGGUUUCAUUUGGGCUCUGUCAGGGCAGCCACGGGAACUCGGGCAGUGCCUUUUCCCCCACCCCCAGACAGUAGCUUUCUUCUCCUCGCCUCCUGACAGGACAGAAGAUUCUCUGGGAAUCUUCCCUCACAGAUGAGAGAGUGGGAAAGGGAUUGCGGGGGAGGUGGAUGGUGCCGGGGCCAUUCAUUGCUCGGGGCAGUAGAAGAAAGCCCCCUUGGCGUUACCUGACCUUCGAGAAUCCCAGAGAACGACUGCCUUGGUUUCAGCCUGCGUCUCCAGCGGUCGCCAUAGCACGCUGCGACACGCUGAAUGCUUGCCCACUCCUGGAAAAGGGUGGACUGUUGAAAU